GAGGGGAACGCGUUGCUGUUCCAAAGGGGUAAUCAAUCAACCAAACCCAACAAGGAUAAAGCAACGUUUAAGGAUAGAAAUCGCCCAGAUAAUAACACAGGUGAAAAGUCUGGUAAACUCGCAUUUAUUGCAGGGGACUCUAUUCUGCAACAUGUGCAUGGCUGGGAAUUGUCCAGCGACGAACAACGUGUGUCAGUAAAAGCCUUCUCAGGAAGUAGUGUAGAAGACAUGCAGGACUAUAUAAAACCCCUGAUACGCAAAAAGCCUGACACAAUGAUAUUGCACGUUGGUACUAAUGACAUUAAAGACGACACCAAGUCAGCAGAG